AUGUCCAGCGUACUAUAUAGAUGCGGCGGUGUGAUCAUCGGCAGCCGAACCAUCUUAACAGCCGCCCACUGCUUGCUGCAUCGGACCACAAGCGUUCCAUUGCCGGUGAGUAGCAUCCAGGUGGUCGUGGGUGCCGUGAACAGCGGCGCUCCGGCAACCAACGUCAACGAUCCCACCGGUUGCGCCCAGACGUUCACCGCGGAAUCACUCAUUAUACACCCGGCAUACAACCACGAACUUAAUGACAACGACAUCGCAAUCAUUACGCUGACGACGGCCAUUAACGUCGAUCAGAAACCAUGCGCCUGCACACUGUGCUUCAGCGCACGCCAACCGACAGUCGGAGAGCAGUGCGCGGUGACAGGUUACGGCAUAGAAAUGGCUCUUUUGAAUUUUACUGUGCCUCGUCGAAAUCCGGUGCCGUUGAAAUGGGUUGCCCAAACCAUUGUUAAUCAGGGCGCCACGAACAAAUGUCCGGCAUUUCCAAACAGCGCAGGAGCAAUCACCAAUCUGACAAUGAAGUUUUGUACACACGGUCCAGAUGAUCAAGGCCCGUGUCUUGGAGAUGACGGAAGUGCGCUAGUCUGCUGGGAUCCGGCCAACAACGGCUACUAUUUAGCAGGUCUCAUUGCCAUAGGCCCGGAACUUUGCGCCAUAGGCUUGAGCGACUGGAGCGCCCAAAGCACUAAAGUAGCAUUGUAUUUGCAAUGGAUUGCUGACAAUUCCGUAUCCGGCGACGUCAACCUCCCCGCGAGCAGCAUUGUCUCAACUCCAACCCCCGCCCCUUCCGAAACAACUAACAGCCCAAUCACCGCCCCGGGCACGACCGAAGCAUGCGGUAUUCCCGGCAGCGGUCCGAUUGAUGCGUUCGGCAUCGUCAGUCAAAUGGAGUGUUGA